UCUUGUCCCUCCGCGCGGCCCGUUCCGCCUCGGCUCCCGCUGCAUUUAGGCUGACGUGUCUGCAGUCCUUCUGCCGCUUGGCGAGUAGGGCCGUGAUGGCGGAUGCCUGGGAGGAGAUCAGGCGGUUGGCGGCUGACUUCCAGCGGGCGCAGUUCGCCGAGGCCACACAGAGGUUGUCAGAGCGGAACUGCAUUGAGAUUGUGAAUAAAUUGAUUGCUCAAAAACAGCUAGAAGUAGUUCACACACUUGAUGGGAAGGAAUAUAUUACACCCGCUCAAAUUAGUAAAGAAAUGAGAGAUGAGCUACAUGUCCGAGGUGGUCGGGUAAACAUUGUUGAUCUGCAACAGGUAAUUAAUGUGGAUCUGACUCAUAUUGAAAGUAGAAUUGGUGACAUUGUAAAAUCAGAAAAACAUGUUCAGCUAGUGUUGGGACAACUGAUAGAUGAGAACUAUUUGGAUCGGUUAGCAGAAGAGGUAAAUGAUAAAUUGCAAGAAAGUGGUCAGGUCACCAUAUCAGAGCUGUGUAAAACCUAUGAUCUUCCUGGAAACUUUCUGACACAGGCACUAACUCAGCGACUAGGUAGAAUUAUUAAUGGACACAUUGAUCUUGAUAACAGAGGAGUCAUAUUUACUAAAGCUUUUGUAGCUCGACAUAAAGCACGCAUCCGUGGACUGUUCAGUGCUAUUACCCGGCCUACAGCAGUAAAUUCUCUCAUUUCAAAAUAUGGAUUUCAAGAGCAGCUGCUUUACUCUGUGCUUGAGGAACUCGUUAAUAGUGGACGUUUACGAGGCACUGUGGUUGGUGGCAGACAGGAUAAGGCGGUGUUUGUCCCUGACAUUUACUCCAGAACACAGAGUACUUGGGUGGAUUCCUUUUUCAGACAGAAUGGCUAUCUAGAAUUUGAUGCUUUAUCCAGACUUGGAAUCCCAGAUGCUGUGAGCUACAUAAAGAAAAGAUACAAGACUACACAGCUCUUGUUUUUGAAAGCCGCUUGUGUUGGUCAAGGACUUGUGGAUCAGGUGGAAGCAUCAGUAGAGGAAGCCAUCAGCUCUGGAACAUGGGUUGAUAUCGCACCUCUGUUACCCAGUUCUUUAUCAGUUGAAGAUGCUGCCAUGUUGCUUCAACAGGUGAUGAGAGCAUUCAGCAAGCAAGCUUCAGCUGUAGUCUUUAGCGACACUGUUGUCGUCAGCGAAAAAUUCAUAAAUAACUGCACAGAACUCUUCAGUGAACUGAUGCACCAGAAAGCUGAAAAGGAAAUGAAAAAUAAUCCUGUUCAUUUAAUCACUGAAGAUGAUCUGAAACAGGUCUCCAUUUUAGAAAGCAUUAAUACAAGUAAAAAGGAUAAAAAAGAUGAACGAAGGAGAAAAGCAACAGAGGGCAGUGGAAGUGUGAGAGGAGGCGGCGGCGGCAAUGCCAGGGAGUACAAAGUUAAAAAAAUCAAGAAGAAAGGAAGAAAAGAAGAGGAUAGUGAUGAUGAGUCAUCUCAUACUGGUUGCUGUAUGUUUUUGUUGUUUUUCCUAUUGUGCGUUUCUGCUACAGGAAAGAAGAAGCCAGAGGUCACUUUUAUGUUCCAGGAUGAGAUUGAAGAUGUUUUAAGAAAACACGUACAAGAUGCCCCUGAGGAAUUUAUUUCUGAACUUGCUGAGCACUUAAUAAAACCUCUUAAUAAAACUUACCUCGAGGUGGUACGAUCAGUGUUCAUGUCUUCAACUUCUUCUGCCUCUGGAACUGAUAGAAAGCGCACAAUCAAGGACUUGCAAGAAGAGGUUUCAAACCUAUACAAUAAUAUCCGGCUGUUUGAAAAGGGGGUGAAGUUCUUUACAGAUGAUACACAGGCUGCUCUUACAAAGCACUUGCUGAAGACAAUAUGUACUGAUAUCACUAACCUCAUUUUCAACUUCUUAGCUUCGGAUUUGAUGAUGGCAGUAGACGAUCCUGCAGUCAUUACAAGUGAAGUAAGAAAAAAAAUUUUAAGUAAAUUAUCAGAAGAAACCAAAGUAUCUCUCACAAAACUCCAUAGCUCUCUGAAUGAAAAGAGCAUAGAAGACUUUCUUUCUUGUCUGGAUUCUGCAGCAGAAGUUUGCGAUAUUAUGGUGAAAAGGGGAGACAAAAAAAGGGAAAGGCAGAUACUGUUCCAGCAUCGACAAGCACUGGCUGAACAGCUAAAAGUCACAGAAGACCCUGCUCUUAUUCUGCACCUCACAGCAGUCCUUCUGUUUCAGUUCUCAACCCACAGUAUGCUCCAUGCACCUGGAAGAUGUGUCCCACAGAUCAUUGCUUUUCUUAAUAGUAGAAUUCCAGAGGAUCAGCAUACUCUUUUGAUAAAGUAUCAAGGUUUAGUUGUAAAGCAUUUAGUUAGUCAAAAUAAGAAGAUUGGACAGGGAGAUGAUCCCUCGAGCGAUGAAUUAAACAAAGAACAAGAAGAUAUCACCAAUACUACUCGUAAAGAGCUUCAAGAACUUUCUUCAUCCAUUAAAGACCUUGUUCUCAAGUCCAGGAAAUCAUCUGUGACAGAAGAGUAAUGAUCUUAUUUACUUUUGUCAUAUAGAAAUAUUUUUCCCAAAGUUUAAAGUGAGUGGUUAGCAAAAAAUAUUCACUUCACAAUCCUCGGUUUCCCCCAAUAACACACACACAUACCCCCCCACACACACACACAAUUCAGUUUAAACAGUAGUGUUGUAUUCAGUGUAAAUCUUAGAAAAAUGUGAAAUUUUUGUAAAGUGGGUUCAACCAUGGAAGACUUCUUUUUCACAUUAUAAUUCUAAAAAUUACCAUUUCAGGUUUAUUUUCAGAUGCUGAAUGAAGAAUAAAUUUUAUGAAUCUUUCAUCUCUAGAAAAGGACUCAUUUGUUGUGUUGUUAGAUUUCAAGUGACAUUCUUACAGUUAUAUACAUAUUAGGCAGAACUUUAAAAUGUCAUGUGUUUUUAAAAAGGGAAAAAAAACCCUUUGGUGUCAGAAAUAAAAAUCGUGGAUUUUAAAAUUAAUAGAGAAUGCUUCAAACCUAAAAUACAGAAAUUUGCAAUUUUUUUUUUUAUUAUUAUUACUAAGCCCUUGCUCUUAUUUCUGGCAGAUAGAGGGCCUCCCAUAUCCCCCACAAGAGUGAACUUUUAUGUGGUUGGGUCUUUCAGGGAAUGCCUUUACAGGUACAGAAGAAUACCGGAGGGGCCCAUAUACCGCUGUAGUCUAUUCUAACACAGGAUGCUAACAAGUAAGAGAAAAAAUAAAAGUUACUUCUUAAGAGGUAUAAGUCACAUUUUAACAUUAGAAUAACUAAAAAUGUAAUACAAGUAUUUUUCUUUAACCAGUUUGCAUUUCUCAGUGUUAUAUUUUUUAUAUCGGUAGUCACUCUCGCACCUAAUUCUUUGUUAUGGGAGGAUCCUUAAGUGCAUUGAAGUCAUUGGAACUUUAUUUUUUUCCAAAAAUGAACAUCCUUAUAAGAAAAUAGGUAUACUUGUUUUCUAAAGACUAUUGGUAGUUAAAAGUAACAAAUAGUUCCUUAGGGUAAUAAUUUCAAGCAAAUGAGUUUUAAGCAACAAUUUAUUAUAUAUCAAAAAGAAAUUUAUUUUGAAUAUAAUAGUUAAAUCUCAAGUAUCAAAAAAGUACUAUUUUAUAUAAUUCCUUAUAUGGCACUUAAAACUCUGUGGUUCAAAAUGUUUGAAUACAAAUAUCAGUCUACCUCUAAUUCCAGACAAAGUAUUCAUACUGAGUGAAAGAAAUUGAUAUAAUUGCUAACUGAGCUAAUGCUUAUUAAAGUUGAUAGGAAUGUAACAUAAAUUUUAAAAGUGUUUUUCCAUUGGUAAUUUUCUAUUAAUGUAUUUUCAUAUGGGCAAAGGAAGAAAAAUGAAAAAUCCUCUGUGACCACAAACUCCAGUUAGUUUUGUUUAUUCAGUUUCCAAAAUAUUGAACACCCAGCCUAAUGUUUUAUUCAGUCUUUAAGAACCUUCUCAUUUAUGUUUCAGCAGAUACCAAAGUAAUCCACAUUUGUGUCAAACUAGACCAUAGACAAUGAAAGAAAUAAAAUCGUUCUGACUUUCUUAAUUUGUAGGAAUAAAAAUAGGAGAGACCACCAAGCAAAUAAAAAGAAAACCAUUCUAUCUUGUUCACAUUAAUUUUUUUCAUUUAUCAAAAUGGUUCUUAUUUUUCCACAGUAAAUAAGAACAGUUUUUAUUGUUUUUGAAAAUAAAGUUAUCUAGCUGAUUUUGUAUGUAAAAUUCUAAUUUCAAUAAACUAAAAAUUCUGAAAU